GGAAGUGGGAUGAUCCAUUAAAGUUUUCACUUCAUUCAAGGUUUGUUCAGUUCAGACUAGAAGCUCGGCGUUAACAGAUUAACUAUACCCCGCUGAAUGAAAACAAAUGCAGAUGUCAACGAAUAUGCAAGCGCUGCUGAACUUCCUCAAGCUCUAGUCUAGAGGAAUAUGAACGCGGAAGGUGUUUCCAAACGCAUGCACAAAACGUGAGAGGGCACGAUGGAUGCAAAGGAUAGAGAGCGGCAACGGACACGGAGCGCUUGCAAAAGAACCGAAGGCACCAGUGUCCUGCGCUCGCUCGGCGUCGACAAUAUAGACGAUAAUGAGACAAUGGCAGGCGAGUUGGACCUGGUUAAACAUGGUACUCUUGGACGGCGACUCAUUGCACCGCGAUACAGUUUGCUCCGUGAAAUUGGCAGGGGCAGUUAUGGCGUUGUGUAUGAAGCCAUUGCCCGUAAAUCAGGUGCGAGAGUGGCGGUGAAGAAGCUGCGCUGUGACGCGCCAGAGAAUGUGGAGCUGGCGCUGGCGGAGUUUUGGGCUUUGACCAGUCUGGAGAAACGCCAUGAGAAUGUGGUGCAGUUGGAGGAGUGUGUGCUCCAAAGAAACGGGAUGGCCCAGAAAAUGAGCCAUGGCAAUAAGCGUUCAAAGCAGUAUUUGAGGUUGGUGGAGACCUCGUUAAAAGGUGAACGUAUAUUGUCGUGUCCUGAUGAGCCCUGUUACCUGUGGUUUGUUAUGGAGUUUUGUGAGGGAGGGGAUCUGAAUCAGUUCAUCCUGUCACGACGGGCCGAUCCUCACACCAAUGCCAGCUUCAUGAUGCAGCUCAGUAGUGCUGUGGCAUUCCUGCAUGAAAACAAUAUUGUUCACAGAGACCUUAAACCAGAUAAUAUCCUCAUCUCGGAGCGUUCUGGCAUGCCUGUGUUGAAAGUGGCAGAUUUUGGACUUAGUAAAGUGUGUGCUGGUCUGUCUGCCGGAGUACAGGAUACAGAAGAGGGACGGGACGAAAAAAAGAACAGCGUUAACAUCAAUAAGUUCUGGCUUUCGUCGGCUUGCGGCUCAGACUUUUACAUGGCACCGGAGGUUUGGGAAGGACAUUACACAGCCAAAGCAGACAUUUUUGCUUUAGGCAUUAUCAUCUGGGCCAUGAUAGAGAGAAUCACAUUCGUUGACGCCGACUCAAAACGGGAGCUUCUCGGGACGUAUGUACGGCAGGGUUCUGACAUCGUCCCGGUUGGAGAGGCACUUCUGGAGAACCCAAAGAUGGUGUUGAGUAUUCCCCAGCGCAGGCGCUCGCAUAUGCCUGAGGCAAUCCGGAAACUUUUGCAGGACAUGCUUGCAGUCAAUCCUCAGGACCGACCAGACGCACUAGAACUGCACAGCAGGAUGGGACGGGUCACUUACGCAGCGUGAACUCUGACCUAAAUGCCCACACAGGUUUUCCCUUACCAUACCAGACCAGAAGGGACCACAUUGCUUGGAAAACUGUGAAUCUUCCAUUGCUGAUUUAACGUGGAGAGUAUAAAGUUCUCAACUUGAAGACCAAUACAAAGUUUGCCACAAAUAGAUUUUCAUCUGAUCGUUCACUUUUUGUUUUUUUUUUGUUUACAGUAGUAAUUUACAUGAAUCAUUCAGCAAGUCCAGAAGUGUUCAGCCUAACUCAAUCAGCAGUUACAUCACUAAGAGUGAACAAUGUUCUGAUGCAGUGAGUACAAUCAAGCUAAAACAAGCAAGCUCUUCAUUAGUCCUACUGAGGGACUGGGACUUUCAAAUUCUGUUCAUGGAGACUUACUUGUUCAUCUUCUCAAAACAAUCUCUUGCCAUAACGAACAAAGAAAUGUAUUCUAGUUAUUUAUUUUAUAUAGUUUUAUGAGAAGUGAAGCUUUCAGUUCUAGUAAGCAAGCAGUUCACAUUAGGCUUCUUUUUUUGAAAACUGCUUUUACACGUACAAACAUUGUUUGCAGUACAAAGACAUACACAAGAUAAUGACUACAUUUUGAGCUUCUGCAUUUUUACAACAUACACUCAUCACAUGUCAUAAAUCAUGUAAUUACCAUAAUCUUACUUGAGUUAAACCUAAAACUCAUUAGAACUUGAUCAUCUUUAUCUUUCCUCUUACACAGUACAAUAACUGAAAUUUAAAGACCAACUUUUAGAACUUGGUUUUCAUUUGCCGUGAAAAUGCUCGUGAUCUUAAGCCUAAAACCAAUAUUGAGAGAUUUUUUUCUCCUUGAAUGCAGAUAUAUCCUGGUGCCUUGAAGUCUAGUGAUAUAAGUGAGAUCUCUUGUAUGUUUUUGUUUUGUUUUAAAGCUUAAUCUUUAAAAAAUGCAGUACAUUUUUCAAGCUUUUAUUAUUUAAACACUUUAUAAAUUAGCCAUGUGCAGUUUACCCAUUCAGGUGCUUGUAUUUACAUUGUGUGAGAUUACCGUUUGGCCAAAAAAAUGAUUUAUUAUGGUGCCCCAUUUACAAUGCUGCUGUCACUAAUGAAAAAAUGGUGUGAACAACCCUUGUGCACAGAUGCACACUCAUACAGUUUCAUGGUUUAGUUGUUUUCGAAUCUGACAAAUUAAGAUAUUGAUUUAGUUCUGACUGAAGGGAGAAGUUAAAGACUGUGAAUGCUCUGUGUUUUACAUAAUAAAUUCUACUAAUGCAUUUCCACUUAAAAGCCAAAAUUUCCUUUUUGUUAAAUGACUCCUUGAUCCUCUCAAAAGCAGGAUGGGAGCUCAAUAGUGGUACCUUUGCUUUUCAUCUCUUGUCUGAAUUCUUCAUAGAAAAGUAAUUGGUGUGUGUUUCCAGAUGUGAUUUUGCCGGACAGUCUGUGUGUGCUAUAGUUCUACCUCAGCAUUCUUGUGUUUUAGUUACUAAUUCACUAAAUUAACUAACAGUUUUUUCUGUUUUUUGGAGAGACUAGUUAAUAUUUUUCAAAUGGAUUUAUUUAUUAAUGUUUUUUUUUAUUAGUAGUAGUAGUAGUAAUCUGUAGUGUCAAGCAUUUUUUGUACUUUUUUAUUUCCUUUUUUCCAUUUGUGACCGCUUAUUGCUGUCUACUGUAGAAGAAACUUGAGGCUGGUGAGAUCAAGAUCUUUUUUUAUUUUAAGAUUAAAUCACCCUCAGGUUUAAGGUAUUUUGAGCUGUAAUAUUCUGGACCGCAUGGUUCUUCCCUUGGGAACAAUAAGUGUUGUUAGUUUUUAUGUUCUGUUAUGUUUUCAACUUUUCAGCUAAUUAUUUUCAUUUUUAUUGUGAACAUUCAUUGUGAUUCUUUUAAAUCCACUUUCGUUUUCCCCCUAAUUUAAAUGAUUGUAUCUUUUAUGAGUGUCCGUUAAUCCUGGAGAGAGUUUGUUAAUGUUUUUGCAUUUGCUUUUUAUUCCUCUUAAUUGGGGCUCUUUUCAGUUUGAAUGUUUCAGAGAGCAUAAACACAGAGAAUUUUGUCAUAGCAGUCAUUCAAACCAUAGUAUUAGAUUGCACUUGCACUGAGUAGAGUGAACUGAGUUUAAUUAGAAGCUCACUUCCUGUUCUAUAAUUUCUUUUACUCAAAGUCUGUGUUUUUCUUUGUAUUCCUUGUUUUCCAACUUUGACCAUACAGCGCACGCUAUGCAACCUCUCCUUUUCUGACACUGUAUGAUGCUGCUCUGCUAAACUAGUUUCUACAGACUUUGACAUUUUUGUUGCUUUUUUGUGCUCAUUUUUUUUGUGCAAAUGUUGAAUAUUUUUUUCAACUGACUUGGCAUAAAGCACAGUAGAGCUGUCGGAUGCUUCACUCAUUUGGGUGUCAUCCUUCAUUGUUUUGAUGUUGAUUUUGUUCAAUAAACCAUGUAAAAACAUAAA